AUGGCGACUCUCAAUGUCCUCGCUUUCGAUCGUGACGGUCGCCCGAUAGAGUUUGCCACUUGGCUCGACGACCUACAACUGUUUCUUCUGACUGAUGCCAAAGACGGAGUUUCACUGUUCGAUUACGUGACUGGCACUGCCGUUGCUCCUGCUGACACUGCUGCCGCUCUUGACCGCUCACAGUGGCAGACUCGUGAUGCAGCUGCGCGCCUCGCUAUUCGCAACCACCUGCCGAUCACUGAGCGCGCACACUUUAGUCAGCACAAGACUGCUAAGGCACUGUAUGAGGCUGUAGUUGCCCGCUACUCUUCCCCAGCCACUGCAGCCGUAGGCCGUCUCAUGCUACCCUACCUGUUCCCCGACCUGUCCUCGUUUACCACCGCUGAGGACCUCAUCUCUCACCUCCGCGCUAGUGUCGCUCGCUUUCGUGCCGCCCUUUCAGACGAGUUCCUCGCCAAGAAUCACCCUCCGAUGUACUUUACUCUCUACUUCCUCAUCACCCGCCUCCCUGACACUCUUCACUCAGUCAUGGACCACUUUCUCGCCCUAGACCCGACCACUAUCACUGUCGCCGACUUCGAGACGCACCUCCUAGCAGCUGAAAAGAACAUUCUCGCUGUAGCUGCUCUCGACUACCUUGGUGCUGAGGAGGUCGGGGCUGCUUCUGCUCCUAGUGGGAAGCGCCGCAGCGCCAGAGGUAGUAGGGGUGGCAGGGGAGGCGGAGGUGGUGGUGGAGGGGGCGGUGGUGGAGGCGGCGGGGGUGGUGGAGGUGGUCGUGGGGGUGGAGGUGGUGGUGGUGGCGGCGGGGGUACCGGGGGCAGUGGAGGUGGCAGCGGCGGGAGUGGGGGAGGAGGGAGCGGUGGUGGUAGCGGUGGUGGGAGCUGGAGUGGAGCCGGCCAGAAGGGGAGCUCCAGUGGUGGUCAGGGACAGCAGCAGCAGCAGCAGCAGCAGCAGCAGCAGCAGCAGUAG